CACAUUCUCAGCGCACAAGAAAACCUAUCCAGCGCAUAAACAACAUACACAUAACGUGUUAAUAUUAGAUUAUAAUAUAUUAUAUCAAUUAUAAUAUUAUAUUAAUAUUAGACCUAAUCUAAUUACUUCGUCCAAUAAUAUUUAUAAUGUUUUUUUUGUUUCUCACUCAGUGAGUGACAGGUGGCAUUGACGGUGCUUGCGUCUGGGCCCUGCCUAUAUGCGCCGUGCAGGUUAGCUAGCAGGUUAAUUGAUGCUAAUACAAACCCCGCAUCCUGGCAAAACGAACAGGCAGCGAUACAUCCACUCACCAAGCCACAGUAAAAAAGAAAUGCAGUUCUUUUAAGAUGGAAUGGCUGUCGGAGUAUGUGCAAAUUAAAGAAAAAGCGGUGAAAUUGGGUGAGAUUUUUUCAUUUUCAAGUGAGAAAGGUCUAGUCUGCAAAACAUGCAGCGAUGCCAACUGUGAAAGAGGAUUUAGUUUAAUGAAUCAUAUCAAAAUAAAAUCCAGAAAUCGUCUUGAAGUGACACAUUUGGACCAGCUGAUGCGCAUAAAGUCAAAGCAAGAAGCAGACUAAGCCAUCAACCUGGGAAAAGUGUACAACCAUUGGAGAAGUGAGAAGGACAGACGUGAAAAAUAAGGUACAAUUUAAGUCAGAUUUGUGCAUAUUCUAGUGACGUUUAUUAAGAUUUUGUCUUUAUGGAUAUUAAUCAUUAAAUGUUGUUACUAUUAGAUCAUUUAUGGGUAGUAGAAAUGCCAAUGUAAUUAGAUAUUUUCUAAAGUGUUACAGGAAUUUGCACUGUAUCACAAGCUACAGCACAAGUCAUUGUGCAAAAUGUGAAUGUUUUAAUGUGAGCAAAAUGUUAUGUCUGAAAGAUGUAUAUGUCUCAUAUCUUCCAGAACAGGACCCUCAGCCAAGCCAAAGCAGGACUCUUUCCAUGGCCAAAGCAGGACUCUUCCCAUGGCCAAAGCAGGACUCUUCCCAUGGCCAAAGCAGGACUCUCACAUACUGUAUAACAUCUACACAUCCCACUUUUCAGAUUUUUGUCUUUUUUCAAGUGGACCAAAUUACUUAUUCAAAAAUAAAGCGUGCAUAUCUGAUGUUGCUCACAGUAGUCCUCAGCUUGCUCAGGGAGCUUGUGUGUAUGCCCAGAUACAGGAACAAUUAGAGGGAACAUUGCUUGGGAGCACAAAGUCUUGUGUGAAUUAAAAUUAGAAGAAAAGAUUCAUCUUGUUGGAGGCCAGCAGAGUUUGAACACCACCAUCCUGCCAUUUUCAUCCCGACACCGAUCGAUUUGUGUAGUUAAUGUUCAGCGCCAAAGGGACCAACGUCCUCGUCCUCAAACAUUUACAUUAGGGCACCUACCAGCAGUCCACCAAUCAAAUCUUACGACACAUGCUUGUCGUUUUUAGCACCGUCAUGUACAUGUUUGUGUUUACAGCAAUAGCAGCCGCGGUUGAAAAAAAGUCUAAUUAUGAAAGCUGUUUAUUUUUACUUUAAAUAAAUGAAAAAACGUUUGAAAUUAUUUAUCUUGCUAAACUUUUUAACCUCACAAAUACUUGAUGUCUGAACACCUCAUUCCUGUGUGAAAUACCGUUUUUUUCGGGAUGUCAACGUGCCUUGGCUCUCACUUUGGCAAGACGGCAACAUAUCUCGACUCCUUUCAUAUGCACUUCGGCCAGAGAGCGAGCAAACAGAUGAGGCAACACAAGACGUGUUGAGCCUUCGCUUGUAGAAAAUUACAAACAAAGCAAGACUUCCUCACAUUUGCUUGCACUUUUGUCAAGAUAAACCCUCACGCGAUGGUUCUUGUUUUUUGCGGCACCGGAUCAGGAGGAGAGUGACGAGGACCUGGUGGGCCUCCUGGACGAGCCCGAGCGAAAGCGGAAGAGCGGCAAGGCUCGCUCAGCGGCCGCCCGCCGCAAUCACAACGCAGCACCAAAAGCCAAGCGUGAGGACGACGACAGCGAUGAGGACCUCCUGCGGGUGUAACUCGCCCUCCGGAACUGCGCUCUCUCUCGCUCUCUCUUUCUCUCUCUCUCUCUUUCUCUCUCUUUCUCUCUCGCUCUCUCGCUCUCUCUGCUCUCUCUUCUCUCUCUUCUCUCUCUUCUCUCUCUUCUCUCUCUUCUCUCCUCUCUCGCUCUCUCUCUCUCUCUCUCUCUCUCUCUCUCUCUCUCUCUCUCUCUCUCUCUCUGUGUGAAUGUCGCCAUAGCUACUUAUCUCAGCAUUACUGACACUUCCUCCAGCCCCCUUUGCCGCCAUUUUGUUAUUUAUUGAUCGCUCCUUUAUUUAAAGUGUUUCUCACCGUUGCUCUGGAAGCAAUCAAGGCGAGUUGGUCCCUCGUGUCACCGGGUGCCACGUUUUGUCCAAAAUGUUCUUUGUGAUUGUCGCCGUGCCAUUUCUGUAGCACUUUAUCUUAAAGCGAGUGUUUCUUUGCAGAUUGUUUAAGUCAAAGGUCCACGUGGCUGCAAAAGCAGCAAAGCUAAUCGGUCGGCCAGCCAGCAAAACGAGGAACGAACUCUGGCCGAGUGGACAUAGGCGGUGAAGGUCAGUUCUCGUGCGGUUUUAAAGGGAAUAGAAAUGCUCGGGUGUUGCAUUGUUUGCACUCACGGUAAACAGCCCCCUGAAAAGAGAGCGUAAGGCCUAUUUUUUUUUCUUUUUAAAGAUGGAUUUUCUCAAAUUUUCACUGAUUGUCCUCACAUUUUCAUACUCUACGCCGGAGACGUUCCUUUGUUUGUUUGAGAUUUUAUCAUUAUUUAAGUGUGAUUCUGUAAACGAAACUUUUGAGUGGCCAUAUGAGCGCAAUGUCUCAUCCGAGCCAUAUUUCAAUGCCUGUUGUCGUUGCUUUGUUUUUUUGUUUUGUUUAUUGCCUAGCCAAGUCGUCGUUUGGUAGGCAAUUCAAAUAUGUAUUUGCCACAUGUUGAAACUGCCAGCAUAAUAAUCGAAUGUUUUGAGGGUUGACUUAAAUCAUCCAUUGUUAAGAUGAAAGCCGCUUUCAGACGGCCUUUUCUGAAAAUUGCUGCAGGAAAAAUAAACCUGUCCCUUGAAAAUACAUAAACAGACCCUUUGUCAAGCAGUAUUUAUUUAUUCAGGCUGUAACAAUUCUUUAUAUCGUCAAAGCUGUGAGGGAGUUUGGCUCAGUACGUAAAUGUUUGUUACUGGUAAAGCACCCCCCCCCCCCUGGAUUUGCACGUGCGCUGGUUUGUUUUCUGCGAUUUUCAAAAGAGGACAGAAAAAUGUUGCACUGGAGAAAAGCACAAGAAAUGAGGUGCGAUGAUCAUUGUCAUCCUGCUUUUGUUGUCUUACCAUUGUGCUUGUUUUUUUGCUAUUUAAAAGAACCUCCAUGUACUCAUGUCUCUUUAUUUGAAUAAAUACCUGUAGAAUGAUGCUUUGGUAUAUUUGUUUUAGUGAACUUUACUAAAUUCUAAACACCUUUUUAUUCCAGGAAAAAAAAAAAGGUGAUCAUGUCUCAUUUGUCAAAAGAAAUGACAAAAUUACUAAACACCUCACCUCAUGGCCAUCUUUUUCCCAACCGGUAACUGUGCACAUAAGUAACGUAAACUAUUGACCUCAUGUGACACCCUAAAGCGUGUGUCUGUAAACAUGUUUUAACGCUUCGCCGCUCAGUUGGCUGAACUUUGAUCAGACCUGUCCACUUAAAAACCCAGCGGACUGGACCGCUCGCCACUUUGCGCCACAAUGACUUCAUUCGACGACAUCUUGGAGGAAGUCGGCAAGUUUGGCCGCUGCCAGAAGCGCAUCUUCGCCCUGCUUUGUCUAGUGUCCGUUCCUUGGGCUGGCGUCUACGUGGGCAUCGUCUUCCAGGGUUUCACGCCCAACCACUGGUGCCAGGACGGUGCAGUGGAGCAGUGGAGGCAGUCGUGUGGCCGCAGCCCGGCUGAGGGUCGGCAGAUGACGGCGCCUCUAGUCAACGCGUCGGGCGAGCCGCAGUACAGCAGCUGCGAGCAGUACGAUGUGGACUGGAACGCCACGCUCACCUGCGACACCACCCAAGUUGACCUGAGUGGUAUGCCCACCAAGCUCUGCUCCAGCGGGUGGGAAUACGACUAUGAGGGGAGGCGGUCCUUCGUCACUGAGUUUGACCUGGUGUGUUCCGACGCCUGGCUGAUGGACAUGUUCCAGGCCAUGCUCAAUAUCGGCUUCCUGCUGGGAAGCAUCGCCAUCGGUUACCUGGCCGACAGGUUCGGUAGGAAAUUGAGCUUUGUGAUUUCCAACGUGUUUAACGGCUUGGCGGGCAUUCUGGUGGCGUUGGCGCCCAACUACGUGUCCAUGCUGAUCUUCAGGGUGCUCUUCGGGUUCGGCGUGAAGGGUGGAUGGAUGGCAGGUUACGUGCUGAUCACAGAGAUUGUGGGCGUGGAGUCGCGCCGCACAGUGGGCAUUUUGUACCAGAUGUUCUUCAGUGUGGGCCUGGUGGUGCUCCCCCUACUGGCCUACUACAUCUCCGACUGGCGCUGGCUGCAGGUCGUCAUCACCAUUCCUUACUUCCUCUACAUCUUCUACUACUGGUUUAUCCCGGAGUCUCCAAGAUGGCUUCUAUCGCAAAACAAGAACUCCCAAGCCGUGACAGUCACUGAGGCAAUGGCCAAGGAGAACAAAAGGACACUGAGCAAAAACAUUGAGACGCUGGCCGACGACAACGCUGCCACGUCGUCCACCGCCUCCCUGAUGGACCUGGUCCGAACGCCCAACAUGAGGAAGCACACCUUCAUUCUCAGCUACAACUGGUUCACCAGCGCCGUGGUCUACCAGGGCCUGAUCAUGCGUCUGGGCAUCAUGGGAGGAAACGUUUACAUCAGCUUCCUGAUCUCCGCCCUGAUGGAAUUCCCCGCUGCCUUCCUCAUCCUCUUCACCAUCGAGCGUGUGGGCCGCCGCCUCCCCUUCGCCGCAGCCAACGCUGUGGCUGGAGCCGCCUGCUUCAUCGCCGUCUUCCUUCAGGACGGUUGGUUGAAGACGGCGGUCACGUGCGUGGGCCGGCUGGGCAUUACCAUGACGUUCGAGAUGGUCGUCUUUGUCAACACGGAACUCUACCCGACUUUUGUCAGGAAUCUGGGCGUGUCUGUGUGUUCUACGCUGUGCGACGUGGGCGGGAUCGUGGCCCCGUUCUUGCUCUACCGGCUGGCCGUCAUCUGGCUGGAGCUGCCACUCAUCAUCUUUGGCUUCUUAGCUUUCCUGGCUGGCGGUUUGGUCUUGAUGCUUCCGGAAACCCGUGGGGUCCCGCUGCCCGACACCAUUGACGAUGUCGAACACCCAGAAAAGACGAAGUACAAAGCGACGGAGCAGCAGUUGUCCAGCAGGCUACUCCACAACACCAACAGCAACAUUUCCACCAAUCAAGAACCCGCAAGUGUCUGAAAUCCUUUUCCGAUUCCCUUAUUUAUUUAUACUCCAAACUACUUUUGUUCAUUUUUGAUCACAAAACUCUUGCUGCAUGCUGUGUG